GUGAGAAAGACAUAUACCAAAUGUAGGUUCAUAUCAACAUAACAGAGUUUCUGCAUAAUUUACCUUCUUUUUUUUUCUGUCCUCCCCAAGAUGGAUCUUUCUUCGACCAAAAAAAGAGCAAUGCCAAUUGGAAACAACUAGAGCUUCGCAUCAAUCAUGGUUAAUAACAGGUUUAUGACUCAUUCGGUACAAAAAAAAGAAGAAAAUAACUUACGUGGUCGGUUUAGGUUGGUGAAGUAAAAAGCGUGCGGUCCGUAAUCCACUGUCCAGUUUCCACCUAGUGAAGUCUAGAACAGAAUCCCGAAUAGUACGACGCUGUUUGUUCCACGAACCCGAUUCAAAUGCUCCUGUAGUUGUAGCUUCUAUAUAACGCUUCCUUUGAAUGCGAAUAAAUUCCAACAUCAAGUAGCGCAAAUCGCCACAUGGUAGUAAAGUUAGCGUAGCACGCAAGUAACUCCCUUCCGUAAUUAACAUAAACACAGAAUCCAAGAGGUAUUGCAACUGGAAUUCCAUGGCGACGAGUGGGUCAGAGACAAAGCAAGUGAUGGUGAUUGGAAUCGACGACAGUGAUUUCAGCACGUACGCUCUCCAAUGGACUCUGGAUCACUUGCUAUCCCCUGCAAAUGUUCCUAAGUUCAAGAUUUUUCUUGUUUAUGCCAAGCCUUCUGUUGCCUCUGCUGUCGGUUUUGUUGGCCCUGGAGCCGCUGAGGUGUUACCUGUUGUUGAGGCCGAUUUGAGAAAAACAGCUGCCAAAAUCACUGAACGUGCUACAGAACUAUGCAAGAAGAAAUCCGUAAAUGACGUAGCAGUGGAAGUGCUAGAAGGUGAUCCUAGAAAUGUUCUUUGCGAGGCAGUGGAAAAGCACCAAGCUUCAAUGUUGGUUGUGGGUAGUCAUGGUUAUGGGACUUUAAAAAGAGCGGUUUUAGGUAGUGUAAGUGACUAUUGUGCUCAUCAUGCUCACUGCACUGUCAUGAUCGUGAAGAAACCAAAGCACAAACACUGAUCUCAAUCGUUGGCUCCGAUUAAAUAGCAGUGCACAUAAAUCUUUUCAGCAACAGGGAAAAUAAAUGUUCUUAAGAAUUCAUAAUAUUGUUUUCUGCAUGCCUAGCUGACUUUGUGGUUUAAGGUUCAUUUACUUUUUUAUUUUCAAAGUUACAACCCACAAAUAAUGUAUGUAAGCACAAUACUUUUUCCUUCACGGCCACUGGUGGUGCUUGGUUUAUUUUGUUCAAGAGCAAUUUAUUUAAAUAAAUGUCACUGUUGUGUGUGUAUAACUCAUGAAAGUUGUGAAUUUGUCGCAUUAAAUUGACUUGUUUUUUUUU